CGGCGUCCAAGGAAUAAUUCGCCUAAAACAGACUUACAUAUUACACGUAUGUAGGCACUAACUUACACGCAACACCGCCCUACGUAUUUACAGUUGUAUUAUUUGUACAGUACUACAUAUUUAUACGCCGAAGUCGCAUUUUGUCAUAGCUUAAUUACUGUACUUGUACCUGGCUAGGCACUGUUAGUUAGGCGGUCUACAUCUCAGACACAGCGCAUUCGCAGCAUUCUCUCCCCAAUCUCAAUCUUUCCAUCUCUCACAAUUUUUUUUUUUUACAUGAGACGUGUCACACCACUAUUGGGAUCUUUCUCGUCUAUCCCGUGAACGGUCUAGCCCUACACACUGCCGUGCCGCGCGCGGAAGAGAAAAAGGCUGUAUUGCUAUGUAUGUGUGUGUCAGGAGAUUGAUGUUUAAGCAGGAUUCACUUUAAAACAUAGUCGUGUCGUGUCGUGUCGUGUCGGUGGCGAGGACGGGGGUAUUUCUUUUCUAUUUGAUUCUUUUACUUCGUCGAUAUUUAUUUCCCCGGGUUGUUUAUAUCUAUCUCUUGCAGUAGCAUCGCUUCAUCGUACCAAACCUACCAAAGUACAUAUAAGCAUUCAUAUCCGAUCUCAUACUCAAAAAAGCAAAAAAGGAUAAAGAUUAGAGGUUUUUCGUCUUCGACACAAUGUGUAUUGUUCUGAUUACAACGGCACAUCCGAAAUAUGCUCUGAUUGCCAUCGACAACCGGGAUGAAUACAUUUUAAGACCCACUAGUCGACCACAUUGGUGGACACAUCAACCCUCAGGCGAAAAGAUAUUAUCAGCACGAGAUCUUUACCGUCGCGAACGUGGAACAUGGCUAGGACUUACCAAAAGCGGACGAUUCGCGGUGCUGACGAAUUAUCGGGAGUCGAAAGAAGAUGACCCGGACCCGGAUCACGCAAUCGCCGGUGUAAAGAGCCGAGGUAGUAUGGUAACAGCAUGGCUAGGCUCCCCGUCGGGAAUGAGCUUAGACGAUUUCGUACACUCCAUGCUCGAAGGCCGAGCUGCGAAAGGUGUUGGAGGAUUCUCGCUUGUCUGCGGCGAUUUUAAACAGAGAACGGAAAAGGGUAUUAAACCUCUUGCCAUCAUUUCCAACCGAUGGGACCACGUGGGCGAAGUUCCUUGGAUUGGUGGGGAGCGGGGACAAACGUACGGACUUAGCAAUGCCGUAUACGUAGUACCCGCGACGUGGGACAAGAUCAACAUCGGAAAGAAGUUGAUGAAGGAGGCAAUACAAGAGGCAGUCGACCAGGAUUUAAAUGAAGAGGACCUAACGAAUCGACUUUUUAAACUCCUCGAUCAUGACACGCUACCCCUAGAACCAAAAAUGACCUUUCAACAACAUAUGGAUGCUCUUCGACGAUCCGUAUUUAUUCGCAGCUUCGCAGAAGAUGAUGGUUGGAGAGAAAUGGCAAAUGCGGCUGAUGAAGGCAGAGCGAAGGCAGCAUUUGAUGAGAUUGAGGGUAAUAGCGAGCAAGAAGACCACAAGGAUGCGCAUGGUUAUUUCAUGAAAGGCGCUUACGGCACGCAAAGACAGACAAUUAUCCUUCUAGAUUGGGAGGGCAAUAUUACAUAUAAAGAGCGGGCGUUAUGGGAUGCUCAUGGGAACCCAAUUGAAAGAGGAAAAGGGGAUGAGACGUUUAAGUUCAAGAUAGAAGAAGACUAACGCUGAUGCGACAUAGAAUUAAAAUUGUAAAGAAUUAGAAGUCCCGUAAGAAAUGUUCUACUAUUUUU